CGUAUGGCGGCGGAGAGGCAGGUGCAGCAGGGAGCACAGAGGCACUAUCACAACAACCGUUAUCACCGUAGAAGGAGCUGCCACCGGAGCAACAAAUAGGCCUUCGUCUACGUUUUAUAUUUUAAGAACAGCCUGUAGUUUCAUUGCUGGGCGGUCUGGAUACCAGCCGACAUGACUCUUAACCAAAACAACUCUGAGUCUGGCGGAGUAAUCAUCAACAACAGUGAAAGUGUGCUGAUGAACUAUGAUAACGUAGAGCUGACUUUCUGCGAUGCGGACCGUCUUCCAGAAGCCUUCAGAAAGAGUAAGAAGGGCAGCAUCUACCUAACUCCAUACAGGGUGAUCUUUCUGGCCAAAGGGCGCGAUGCACUGCAGUCCUUCAUGAUGCCCUUCUACCUUAUGAAAGGCUGUGAGAUCAAGCAGCCUGUGUUAGGAGCCAACUACAUCAAAGGCACUGUGAGCGCAGAACCUGGAGGUGGCUGGGAGGGCAGUGCUACAUUCAAGCUUGUCUUUGCUGCUGGAGGUGCGAUAGAGUUUGGCCAGUACAUGCUUCAGGUCGCAGCCCAAGCAUCAAGAGGUCAGCCAGUGACUUCAGGGUUUGGUGGAUGCCCCUACAUGGCAAACGGGGCCUAUGCCUAUCCUCCUCCCCCUCCUGCUAAUGGGAUGUACCCUGCUGGACCUCCACCAGGCUACUCCUAUCCCAACCCUCCUCCACCAGGUGGAUUUUAUCCCAACCCACCAGCGUUUGAUGCCUCUGCUGGCUACAUACCUCCACCUCCUUACUCUGCUCCUCUGGGCCAGCAGCCUCCACAUGAUCCAGACCUCCCCUCCUCAGCAGCAGCGGAGGCCAAAGCAGCCGAGGCAGCAGCAAGUGCCAGCAGUGUCACACUGCCUCCUACACAUGUGUACCUGCCAGAGGACAAGCCUCCUCCCUACUCUCCUCCUGAAGACAAGAAGAACCAGUAAACCUGCUUCAUCCCAUCAUCAUCCCUCUCUGCCUCUUGUAAUCUCUAUCCUACUGAAUAACCUCAUUCCUUUAACAGUUCCCCUCCUUUUCUUUUCCCAUGACAUCCUUUUAGGUUAAUCAUUCCAUAAAUUUUCCAUUCCUUCUGACUAUCCCUAUAGUCUAACCAGCUUUACUCUCUACAGAAGCACCUUUACUUUAGAGAAACGACUAAAAGUAUAGGUAGCAAUCUCAGAGAGACAAAAUUGUCAAGGCCAAGGUUAAUAGGUUUUUAGAGGUAUCUUUAAAAAGUUGACUAAAACUUUGUAACCUGAAAAGCUGUUAGCAUUCUAGGCUGUGAAGCUGUCCAAUAGCUCAUACCCCCAUGCUAAACUCUAAAUUCAGCUUAGUAGUGAACCUGACUCUUGAUUUUCUACGGCAUCUAUGACACUAGAUAAAACCAAGCGUUACUUUGCUAAUCCGUUGCAAAGCGAGCUGAAUGCAGUAUUUUAUUUUUCUAUGAUUUGUGUGUACAGCCUUUUAAUAUGUGGACUUUUAAAAAAUGUGAUAUUUUCUCAAGAACACUAAGCUAGAGAAACAAAUAGCCUUUGUAAACAGACUGCAGGGAGGCCAUGUCUGUUUUUAGUUGAUGGACCAUACAGAUUAGAGCAGCCAAGGCAGUGAAUCCCUGAUCCUGGAUUAGAGCAGAGUCAUAACAAGUAAGGCAGCACUGCAGGGACGGACUACAAGGAGGGAUUAUCUUUGUAAUAUAAGAGCAGAGCAGUCACCCAAUGAUGUCACUUCCUGUUUUGUCAUGCCUCAAGAAACCCUCAUGGUCAGACUCACAACCAGCCUGCUUCUUUUUGAUCCAGACUCCUCGGUUCAGGGUCAGGUCUUUGCACCUGAUCUCAGCACCUACACGUUUCAUUUCCCCCUCUGUGAUUAUUCUAGAAACUGUAUCCGUGGCACAUCCGUGGCUGAUUCUUUGCACUUCCAGAAUGCUAUGCAUCAGGCUCUUCUUUGCUCUUUAAUGGCUGUGUGUAAAAUAAUAAUAAUAAAGCUCUGUAUUUAUUUAAAACUAAUUUAUUGAAUAAUUAAUGUAAAAUGGCUCAAAUAAGUAAACCAAAGCAUGAUCUCUACUAAUGCUUGUAUGCAUUGGAUUGGAUUUUAUUAAAUGGAUCUUGAUUCAUGUGAA